AUGCUUGGCACAAGCUACCCACUGGGUCUCUGCUGCCGUCACACUUGGGAGUUCUUCUGGGUCUCUGCUGCCGGCCAUACAGGCCAGUCAUCUGCGCAACGUGUACCCACCGCGGCUGCCCCUUUUCAGGCCCGGCCUCGGCCUCCGCCGGGGGGCAAGGGCUGCACGAAGCGCGCCUCAGAUGCCAGGGCCAGAGACUCGAAGUUUCUCGCCUGCUGGUCUCCGAUCGUCCCCCUCGUCCUCCUCGUCCUCCUCCUCCUCCUCCUCCUCCUCCUCUGCGAGUCGGCGAUCACGAGGGGGCCGGCCCGCUGGAGGCGGGCGGAGAGUCGCCACCGCCAGCCUGGAGCGUGGCGAGCGGUGCAGCCGAGUGUUGGCAGGUCCAGUCACUUUUUCACACAAGCUUUGUCGAGUCCUGCCGUGGGUUUCACCCUUCGCACGGACUCGUUGUGA